GUGUCCCUUCAGGUAAGCACUGCAGCUGUCAUUGUGGACCUCGGAAGGGGACAACCUAAUCCCCUUAAAUAAGAGGGACUCAAAUCUUCUUGCCUACCAAUUCAGCUCUGCCUCAGUGCUAGAAAAAUGAGGAAAUGGUUUGACGAGCUGCAAAGGGGAGUUGAGGACUGUCUGAAUGAGGGGCAGCCAGUGUCAAUCUCCUCAGCCGGAAUAGGAGUCAACUCCAUAUAUCCCUGAUCUACAGACAUAAUUAGUGAAGUAAUUUGAGUACUAGAGAUUUCAUGAGAAAUGGCAAGUCAUUCUGGUUGUGGGUUGUCCGGUAGCACUGAGUGUAAGGGUCUGAUGCAUUUCUUUCUGCGUUUCGUCCCCUUCAAGGGCUUCCUUCCCCCCCACGUUAUCUUGACUGGAACCUGACGUAGCCCCCAGCCCCUCUUUGGCCAGCCAUGCAGAUCCUGACCUGCCCCUCCAAGUUGAAGCUGCUUGAGACUGUGCUGCAACGGCACCUGCCCCAGGCUCUUCCGGCCAACGGAGCUGUGAUGCACAUCAACCGCAGAAAUCCAGCUCAGCACGAAGUGGUGGUGGACUCUUGGCCAGAGUUUAAAGUUGUCCUUACCCGCCCACGUAAGGAGGUAGUGAAAGACAAGCAGGAAUGCUACUCCAACUUUCAUACUGCUUUCUACUGGGAUGUAGACGCCUGGCGAACACUCUUGGAAAAUGCAGACGCCAUUGACUGGGGAAAGGCCUUUCAGCUUCAAGGGCUCCAAGAUGGCUUAUAUGAAGCUGUCAGAGAGAUUGCAGAAUCCAGACGUGUGCUGUUUCUUCUGGUACCUGCAUCAGUCUCCCACGCUAUGUUGAUCCUAUCCUGCUCUUCCAAGUUGCAGAUCCUAGAGGGACUGCUGAAGAAAAGCCUCCCUCAGACACUUCAGGUCUAUGGUGCAGUCAUGAACAUAAACCGCGGGAACCCAGUGGGCCAUGAGGUGAUUGUGGAUUCUUGGCCAGAUUUCAAGGCGGUCCUGACUCGUCCACAGAGAGAGGCUGUUUCAGACAAUGCGGAUUUCUUGAGCAACAUAUAUGCAGCAUUUUAUCGGGAUCUUGAUGUGUACCGGAAACUGUUGCUAGACACAGAUGCCAUCAACUGGGACCAAACCUUUGCUCUCUGCGGGAACCAUGAUGGAAUAUAUGAGGUCUCUAAAGAGGCUGUUGCUGCCAAGGAAGUCCAGUUGACUGCAACCCCCUACUUCACCUACCUGAACCUCAACCCAGAUAAACAGCCUGAGCCCCGGCUAGAUCCAGGCUUCACUUUUUCUUCCUUAAAUAGUUCCCACAUUGACCUGCUGGAUGAAACGUGGCACUUUGGGGGCAGUGAACACAGCCGGAGAUAUCUGGCCAACAUGGUGCAAUGCUUCCCCAGUACCUGCAUCCUGGACUCCAAUGGUCAUCCUAUCAGCUGGAUCAUCAUGGAAUCUCUGGGUACACUGAGACACGGCUACACCCUUCCAUCCCACCGCCGAAGGGGCUACUCAUCUAUGGUGCAGAGGGCACAGGCCAGGCGUGUCCAUGCAGCUGGCUUCCCUGUAUAUGGCCUUGUUGCCCUAGAUAAUACCCCCCAGCAGAAACUGCUGGUCUCCCUUGGCUUCCAGAGAUUAUCUGAAUUGUGUCAUUACUGCAUCCAUUCUCCAGCUUAUCAGUGAGAGGAGGAGAGAGCAACAGUCAUUUUCCAGGAUCCUGUUCAAUCCUUUCACUUACCAGUCCUCUGAAUGGGAGAGAGGGAGAUUAUCACACCCUUUCAAGAACCAUUCCCCGUUACUCUAUUUUCCAUUUAAAUGCUACCUCUAUUCCUGUUGAUUAAAAACUUUGGUGCUGGGUUUGGACUGAAUCAGACGACGUUGGGUUUUUGGGUGAAUACCCAUGACCCCCAUUUUGAGUGUCUAUUGCUCCAUUAGUGAGGUGCUGCAAAAUGCAGUGUUUUCUCUGCAAAACACUGAUGCCAAACUUUUCUCAAAGUUUGGCCCCUGUUUAGAGCGAAUCAGACGAUGUUUGGUUUUUGGAUGACCCCUGAGUUUGAGUGGCCCAUUGCUCUGUUUAUGGGGCACUGCAAAACUUUUGCCAAAGUUUGGCUCCAGUUUGGGCCAUCACCACCCAGUAGGCCUGAAUCGACUAUACAUUUGAUGUAAAAAAAAUUGUUUUAGUAUUUUAAAGUUGUAAACCACCUUCGGUAACUUGGCAAGAAGGCAAUAUAUAUAUCCAAUGAAUAAAAUGUUUUCUGUCCUGGUA